CGCCGCCGCUCAUCCAAGUGGAGAACUGACCUUUCGAGUCUGUCUUCGCCGCCGAUUCCACCACCGGAUGCUGGAAAAUGUGUUAUUUCGAAGGCGUCUGGUCGGGAAAUAUGCUAUCCCCGAUACGAGGAUCUCGACACAACCUGCACAGAUGUCACUGGCAGAAGUAGCUCAGGACUUGUGGCUCCACCGGUCAUUCCUCAUGCGACGGUGCGUGCAAUGGCGUUCGUGCCCCCGGACAACUUGCGGCGGCUUAUUGUGCAGUAUUACCGGCAACAAGGAAAGCUCAUGCCAAAGAAUGUUACAUUCUCCCCGAAGUCAUUUCUGUUCGUCAAGUAUCACUGCGAUUUUGGAUACGAAAUGGUUGACGAGAUUGACACACUGUUCUGCCACCAGAAGAGCUGGGUCAACACCUUGCCCAUGUGUCGAGGAAAAGGACAGUGCGCUGUGAAUAAUGGCGGAUGUAGCCAUUCAUGCUUGUCAAUAAACGAUGUGACUGUGGAAUGCAGAUGCCCCCGAGGAAUGACUCUUGAUAGCGAUCAGAAGACUUGCAUCAAACCGAUUCCAAAGACAUUGUGCAGAUCUUUGGCUGGCUGCUCUUGCACGGCGAUCGACCCGAAUCAAUACUCAUGCACAUGCCCGAAAGGAGCCAAAUGCCUAUUACUGAAGGGAGCACCGAAACUGUAUGUUGAACCUCCUGGUCCAUAUGAAGUGCCACCUGGAGGUAACAUCAACAUCACUUGCUCCGCUGUAGCUUACCCAUUUCCGGAUAUUUUUUGGCAAAGGUGGGUAAUGAUGAAAGAUCCAGGGACAGUGAAGAACGAGCAGAUUCUCAUAAUUAAGGAGCUCUUCAAAAAUGCCGAAUUCACUUGUCAUGCAAAUAAUUCAGAAGGAAAAGUCGAUAGAACUAUCAAAAUUAUAAUCACCGGACCUGGUUCGGCACCCGUAUUGCGUGGUGCGCUGUCAGGAAGGACGAAUAUUCAGGUGCGAUGGGAUCCACCCCACGUCAUCAACCGACCAAUUACCAGCUAUACCGUCUACUACACCAACAACGGGAAUCAACCGAUAAAAAAUUGGCAGCGUAUGGAAGUGAAAGAGCCCAAUCACAGUGCAACUAUCGAGAAUCUCAGACCUAAUACACCGUACUUCAUUCGACUGCGGGCGAACGACCAGAUGGGUCCGGGAAGGCUCGGUAACCCGGCUUCAGUCACCACCCUCAAACCAGCUGCUCGACCGCUUGUCUUCAUUGAGCAGGGUGAAGAGCUUCUUGUUGGUCCACUGAAGCCUUUUGAACUUGGAUGUAACAUCACACGAGCGGAUCCAGUGCCGAUCGUGACCUGGCAGCAUAAAGGACGACCGUUAAACAAUGGCGAAAGAACGAUGUUCAUGAAAAUGCAUAUUGGCGGAAUUAUUGAGAAUACGGUAUUCGCAUGUGUAGCAGAAAACGAAGCUGGAAAAAGUACCAAACGGAUCAAUAUCACCGUGACAGGACCUACGGCCCCUGAACGUAUCCGAUACCAAGUGGACGGCGACAAAGUGAACCUGCAGUGGGAACAGCCGAGAAUUAUCAACGCGCCCAUGGCUGGCUACGAUAUCCUCUAUACGGACAACCCAAACCUUCCCGAGGAUCAGUGGCAGAUCGAGCGAAUCGAUGAUCCUCUUGCUCACACCGCGACUAUCACUGGACUCAAGGAACGCACACCGUACACAUUCCGGAUUCGGGGGCGCAAUAAGCUAGGCGAAGGACUCCCGAGUGGUCCCUUCAAUGCGACCACCUGGCUCGGAGCUCGCCCUCCCCAUGUAACGGUGACCCCUCGUGGGAAAAUCGUCAAAGAACCGAGCAACGAACCGUUGACCAUUGAAUGCGAGGCAAUUGGGGUUCCCAAACCGAAGAUUAUCUGGCUGUGGAGUGGUCAACUAGUUGAAGACGGCAAGGAUGAAUUCCGUGUCUACGAUAUUACGCCUAUGGAUGCUCAAGACCGUUCAACAAGCAAGCUCAUUGCCCAAAGCACUACAAGAACUGGCGUUGCUACCUGUCAGGCCGUCAAUGCCGAAGGUUCUGACGAGAAAAGAACAGAAGUGAAGAUUCUUGGGCCAGGUAGUGCUCCUCUAAAUAUCCAACCUACUCCGAUGCACACUGGAUUUGACGUUGCAUGGCAACCUCCUAAAAGGCCAAAUGGACGUAUCAAGAACUACAUCGUCUACUACACCAAAGAUCCAGAUCAACCGUUGUCAGAAUGGAAAUCAGAAACCGUCGGCGGUGACAUCAGGAACCUCACGGUGCGAGUCGAUGACGAGGAUACCCCUUACGUGGUGAAGGUGCAAGCAGCGACAGACGAUGGCCCCGGAAUCAUCUCGGAAGCCUAUGAAGUGACCACUGGCAGGAAGCAAAUUCCUCUCACUGUUCGACUCGAAAUCAGCGAUCCGCAUGUUUCUGAAUCCGAUACUGAGACUGAGGUUGAGCCGGCGCAGCCUAUUCAUUUCAGGUGCGUGGCGGAGGGACGUCCAAUGCCGAGCGUUUCCUACAGUUGGCUUCCCAUGAACUCGACCGAAAGCGGUGAUGAACCCGUACCUAUUCCUAUCCAGCCAGAUCCGGCACAGGAACAUCGCUAUUAUUCGAUUCAGGUCUACUCAACGACAUCAACGAAAAGGACACUUCUUUGUCAAGCGCGAAAUCCUGAUGGCACGGUGGAGGACAAGCAUUUCUUCAUCGUGAACAAACCUGGUAGUCCUCCAAGGGAUGUUAACAGUUACAAUGUCUAUCUUACUGGAGAUCCAUCACAACCUGUGGACCAAUGGCAAAGAUUUGAAGUUACGGAUCCGAACAAUCCGAAGCUCAUUUUCGAACGUGGAGAACUGGAACCGGAAAGCCCCUACUACGUCAGGAUUGCGGCUGUUAAUCCGUUCGGUGAAGGAGUGCAUUCCGAUGCGUCACACUUCACUACAGUCAGUGGAGCUCCGAUUGAUUCCCCAUCGGAUAUUUUGCCUACAGUCUCCGAUGACAAUACUGUCAAUAUCAGCUGGUUUGGACCGAAAGAACCCAAUGGACCGAUUAAGUCAUAUACGAUCUACUUCGCUCCCGAUGACGGCACCGCAGAAGACGACGACUAUAAGAAUUGGCCUCGUAUUGAGGUUCCAACAAGCGAUGAUCACGGUAAUGUCAUCAUUGACAAGGACCAAUACGACAUCAAGCCUAACACUCCUUACAAGGUCCGAAUUUCGGCCACAAAUGAUCAGUCUGAAGGCCCAGCGUCGGAGCCGAUACAUUUCGAAACUGGAAGUGGAGAAAUGCCACCUACCAUCACCCUGGAUCCACCAAAAAAUAUCGUUUCUGUGGAGCCAGAAGGGUCGGUCAACAUUAUUUGUACUGCCACCGGACUACCACAACCGAUUGUCUAUUGGGUACUGGAGAAUGGUGAAAAAAUUGAAGGAAGGGCAUUGCAACUUACCAAUCUCAUCAAGGACACUACAGCUACAUGUCGUGCAGAGAACAGAGCUGGAAUGACGCAAGAAGUCGUGCAAGUCCAAGUUUCUGGUCCUGGUACUCCUCCAAAUGAGAUCGUAUUGCUUCCCAUGCCGAACCAAGUGAUCAAUGUGGAAUGGACAACACCGGAUGAAGUGAAUGGCCGCAUUACAAAUUACAUCGUACACUAUGGAGAAGUACCCGAAGGUUCGGAAUGGAAACAAGCGACAGUUGACGCUAUAGACGUUAACCAUCAAUUGCCAAACCUGGAUCCGAAGAAGAAUUAUGCUGUUCGAGUUCAAGCUGUAAGCGAUCGUGGUCCAGGAGUCAUUUCAGCUCCUCAGAUGAUCCGCACGCUUCCUCUUGCUCCCGCUAAGAUUGUCAAUCCGGAAGUUACUGUCUUCAACAACAACUCGAUAGUCAUAGAUUUCGUUCCCCCAGCAGAUCCUGACUCACCGAACAAACAGAUUAAGGACUUCGUGAUACAAUACACUUCCGAAGACCCACCUACUGAUGAGACCGAAUGGAAGGAACUCCGCUUCACUGAUCCAGAUGUUACUGACAAUUACACUGUGGUACCUAUCGAUGGCGAGAACUUCAAUCCGGAUACAAAGUAUCACAUGCGAAUUAUUCCUCGUGGCGAAAUCGACGGGCCUAGCAGUGAUCUGACCACCUUCACAACUGGAGAUGGCGUCAUCACACCUUCACAGCCAGAAUUCAACGUUGAUGCGCCUGACAAUGUGAUUCGAGUCCCAGCUGGAACGGACUAUGUAGUGACUUGCACUUCUACCGGAUUCCCUCCACCAGAGAUUCGCUGGGUGGACAGCGAAGGAAAUCAACUCUCCGAUGGUCCACAAUUGAAGCUUAUUGAUGUGAGAAGGACCGUAAAAGCGAAAUGUCUAGCAGAAAACCGAGGCGGGCUAAAGGAAACCGAUUUCACUGUGUUUGUAGCAGGACCAGGAUCUGCACCAGAAAAUGUUCAACUCCAUGCUGACAAGCCGGUUACGAUAUCAGUGCAGUGGGACCCUCCCCUUAUUCCGAAUGGCAACAUCACCAAAUAUAUUAUCUACUACACACCUCUGGAUGAUCAAGAUCCUGCCCACCAAAUUGGUCAGGUGCAAUCGAGACCGAUCAACGAAUGGGUGACUUAUCACGAUACACCGGAUACUAAUGGCACAAGAAAAGCUGAAUUGAAAGAUUUCGUUGAGACUGAUACGGCUUACGCUGUUGUGGUACAGGCAAUCAACGACGAUGGACCGGGCCCCUAUUCGAAUCAGUACACGAUCAGGACUAUGUCACGUGCUCGGGAAGGGCCUCCAAUAGACUUGAGAGUAGACCCAGAUGGUCAGCGAUCAGCAAUAAUCGAAUGGAAGGAACCGGUCACAACAGAUGUGAAGCCACUCGGCUACGAGAUCUACUAUGUACCUGGCGAUAAGAGUGUUGAUGCCGAUGACCUGGUUCUAAGCGACUGGUGGGUUAUAGUGAUCGAUGAUCCGAGCAAACUUUCGCACAAGAUCCAGAACUUACUCCAGCCGGAUACCGACUAUGUCUUCAAAAUCCGGGCGAUCUACCCCGACGGUCCUAGUGUGUUCUCUGAACCGUGUAUUAUGAAGACUCUCCCAGACGGCAAUGCUCCGUACAUACAAAUUUCGACUGGGGAGAACGGUGUUGAAGGAAGUUCGAAUAUCGAUGUUUUGCCUGGAUCUCAAAUUACCGUCUCCUGUAAUGCUACUGGGCUUCCACUGCCUUCAGUCAAAUGGAUUCGGGGUGGUACAUAUGAGAUUGAUCCAAGCACGGUUGAUACCGCGGUCUCACAUGCGCAGUUCUCGUUGCAAGUGGCUAAUAUCACUGAAGAUACGACUUUCAAUUGCGUAGCACAGAAUCCUCUCGGACACGCGAAUUGGACUAUCAACGUUAACUUAUUGCCAGGACUUGAACCGGAAUGGAAGGAUGACUUCGUCGUUUCAAAGACUGAGAAUGGUGAAGUUGUUCUUGCUUUCAGUGAUAAUCUACCCGACUAUCUCAAACCACCGAGUGACUGGGUAAUACGAUACACUGAUGACCCCGAUUUACCAAAGGAUGAAUGGAAGACUAUUCCAUCUGACUCUGGACCACUGACAAGGAUCGCAGUUCCUGAUAUGGAACCGGGAACGUACUACUAUCUCGUUGUUGAUUCCCCUGACAAAGGAAUUCAAACACCAACGCUACUUGUGAUGACUCCAAAGCCGCCCAGCGAGAUCCGAGUCGGUACAAACAUCAAUGAUGAAGCAGUUGUGGAUUUCAAGGACGCUAUUACGUCGCAACCUAUAAGAAAAUACUCCAUCAAAGUUUGGAAAGUGGACGAUCCAAGCAACAUCAAACACUAUGAGACAAGUCCUGAUGUAUCAAGUGGUGUUGUUCUUGACGGCUUGGAGCGGGAUACAGAAUACGCAGUGCAGGUAGCUGCCGAGUUCUACGAAGGAGACAGCCUAGCAAGCGAACCUGUGACAGUGCGUAUUCCACCUGGUGGAGUUGCAUGCGACUGCGCACAUGCCUGUACAUUCGAGGAGCAGGAAGAUGGAACGGUUACUUCAAAAUGUUACUGUCAUAGUGGCUUCGUGCUAGGUAGUGAUCAAAAAUCAUGUGAGCCUUCUAGUGAUGCUCCAACGGCAUACACAAUUGUUAGAGUGACGCCGCCCGCGUUCACUACAGAGGUACAGCCAGAAGAAAUAUCGUCAACUGGUAUAAGCGCGUCGCCACUGCCAACGGGAGUGGAUGGCAAAACCUUGGAAGUUGAGGAAAUUAGGUCGACGAUAAGGCCUACGGACUCGAGUGGACGCGAACUUCCACUAGUCGUCGGUCCCGACGGCGUGCCUCUCAGCGUGAAUGCUGAUGGGGAGCUAGUUGACAACAAUAAGAGCCCUAUCAUCAUUGAAGACGGGGAACCUCGAGACCCAUUCGGCAAUGCUCUUCCGCGGAAUAAGGAUGGAGCGUGGAUAUAUCCCCUCAUUGACAAAAGCGGCAAACCACUCCCUGUCGAUGAAAACAACAUGCCAAAAAUCAGUGUCGUAAUGGGUGAUGGUACCGAGGUCCAGAUGGAUGAGGAUGGGAAUUUUGUUGGGGCAGAUGGUCGCGUGAUUCCAACUGAUGUCAUUGGGAGACCACUCGACGAACACGGAGAGCCAUAUGAAAUUAAUGAAGAAGGACAGUUUGUAAUUGAAUCCAUUGAAACUGAACCUGUUAUAGAGGGUGAAGACAUGCCAAGUGUCCCACUACUUACAGUCGAUGGAGAGCCUCUGACUCUCGAUGAUAGUGGACAUUUUGUAGACUCAACGGGUGCAAUUAUUCCAACUAAUGAGGAAGGGAUACCAGUGGAUGAAAAUGGAAACCCUCUUCCCAAGAAUAAGUAUGGAGAGUAUGUUCUGACGACGAGGAAGGAAAUGGGAACGAUUUCAUAUCCCACCGAUGAGAGUGGAAAUAUAAUGUAUCCCAUAAAGAAACCAGAUGGGUCACUACUCCCAACAGAUUCUACCGGAAACUACAUUACUGAAGAUGGAGUAGUCGUAGAAAGAAAUGAGGAAGGGAGACCCGUGGGACCUGAUGGCGAAGUUCUGCCGACAGACGAUGCAGGUAACUACAUAUAUCCUGCUUUCGGACCUGACGGAAUUCCGCUUCCAACUGAUGAGCACAAACGACCGAUCCAUCCAGUUUUUGGACCUGACGGCUCUCCUCUACCGACUGAUGACUCCGGUCAUCCUCUUGCAAAAGACGGCAGGCCUAUUCCAACCGAUCGCAGCGGAGUUCCUUUGGGCAAGGGUGGAAAACCACUGCCAACUGAUAGCAGUGGACAUUACGUUACUGUGCCACGAGAAGAAGCUGCCAGCAAAGAAAUGCCAACAGAUGAAAGCGGAAAUGUCAUUUACCCAGUGACGAAGCCUGAUGGAUCACCUCUACCCACUGACGCUUCUGGAAACUUCGUCACU